AUGGGGUUUGUCAGAAGCCUCAUCAAGCGGAUACCUUCCACUCCGGCCCUACCAUCCCUCGAAGAUCUGAGCAAUGAGAAAGACCGAUUCGCACCUAGAUUAUCCUUCUUCAAAAGACGCAUACGGCUGAAAGGCAACUCAAAGAUUUCUGUUCCGCUGGGCGCUGUAUUACUAUUUCCCUGUAUCGUUAUAAUCCUAAUAGUUGUCCUCAUCGUUCGGCAUCCCUCUUCGCCUGGGGGACUGAUGAUGCCCGCUGGGGCUCCACCAGCUAUUCGGAAGAUAAGUGAGCAGUAUGACAAAGUGUUUGUUACCGGCUGCCUCGAGCCUCAGACAAACGGACCACGAGCCAACGCAGUACUAGUGAUUCUGGCGAGGAAUCAGGAGUUGGAAGGUGUGGUCCAAUCAAUAAAGUCAAUGGAGAGACAUUUCAAUCGGUGGUUCCAUUACCCCUAUGUGUUUCUCAACGACGGAGACUUCAACACUACAUUCAAGGAAACAAUCCUGAACCACACAAGUGCUCCUGUCGAGUUUGGGAAGAUAGAUCCGACUAUGUGGGGGUAUCCAGACUGGGUGAAUAUUGAUACGGCAAGAGAAGGAAUCAGGAAGCAAGGAGAUGCGGCCAUCAUGUAUGGUGGCAUGGAGAGCUAUCAUCACAUGUGCAGGUUCUAUUCAGGCUUUUUCUACAAGCAUGAGCUCCUACAAAAGUACGACUGGUACUGGCGAAUUGAGCCAGAAAUCAAGUACUUUUGCGAUAUUACAUACGACCCAUUCAUACACAUGGAACGUGCGAACAAGACCUACGGCUUUACCAUUGCGGUCAAAGAACUGAAAGAGACUGUUCCAAACAUCUUCCGGUACGCAUCGGCGUAUAAGCGCGUCAACAAUUUGACGUCCCAGGGACUGUGGGAGAUGUUCGCAGAGCCUGCGUCCGCGGCGGAGGAUAUUUCAUUGCCUGAAGACAACCCCAAAUAUAAGAAACCGUUGCCCGAAGAAAUACUCAGCUCUGAGCCCGGACAAGGAGGAGUGCCAGAUGUCGACCCAGAAGCUAUGGAGGGGGAGACGUACAACAUGUGCCAUUUCUGGAGCAACUUUGAGAUAGCGAGGUUAGACUGGUUCAGAAGCAAGGAAUACAAUGAUUUCUUCGACAUGAUGGAUCGAAGUGGAGGUUUCUGGAUGGAAAGGUGGGGGGAUGCACCGAUUCAUUCCCUCGCAGCCGGCGCUCUACUGGCUCCCCAGAAUAUACAUUACUUCCGAGACAUUGGAUACCGGCACACAACAAUACAACAUUGUCCAGCAAAUGCCCCUGGCAACCGGCAGCUCGCUAGACCUCCAUUCCUCGAGGUGACCACCAAGGAUGAAAAGAAGAGGAAAGAAGAAGACGAGUACUGGGAGACGUGGGAUCCGGUAAAAGAGAAUGGAGUGGGAUGCAGGUGCAAGUGCGAUACUGACAUCGUCGACGUCGAGGGGAAGCAGGGAAGUUGUCUGGAUGAAUGGGUAAAUGUAGCAGGGGGGUGGGCAUCUGCUUAG